AUGUCUGCAAUAGACCAGUGUCGAUCCGGGGUACUCUGUUUGAAUUAUGAAGGCUCGGACAUCUAUAUUCAGGGAAUUAGUUGUCGUACAAAAAACGACAAGAGUUCAACAGCAGGAAUCGUCAAGAGUAAAGUAAAGUCUGUUAAAUUAGAAAACGACGAGUUGGAUCGAUUCGAUUGUGGUCUCGGCAAUACUGCACUAAAUGACAAUUUGGGUGUAAGUAUAACCUUACGUGAUGAUGAAGUAAAAUGUAGACGUGAUGUCGGUACUCAGUGGAGCUAUAAAGAUAUUAUUGAUGAUUCACUUGAAAUCCCAAAAUUUCCAAAAAGUAUCACUAGUCAUUUGAAAAAAUCUGUUGGAACGAGAGUUGACGGUAUUGAACAAAAAAAUUUCUCUACUGAUAUUACGGGUGUGACGUAUAAACGUAUCGUAGAAGAAAAACUUACAAGAGAAGUUAGAGUCGCCAAAUGUUACGUAUCGUCGUUACCAAACUGUGUACUUAAACGCGGUAGCGGUGGUGCAAUGAAAAAGAAAAACGGUCAUCUCGAUAAGAAAUCAUUGAGAUCAGAUUACACGGGUAAAUUAUGGAGAAGCCUGGACAAUAUGCGUUUAGACGAAAUCAAAAAAUCCGGGCUUAGUCCUGGUUUUGUGCGACAAUUAAUUAAACGGUUUGAUGUCUAUGAUAAUGUGGAACAGCAACGUCCGAGCCGGAAAACCUUAUAG